UGGUCAUAGCAACGCCGCUGCCAUUAUUUUUCGAGUUCCCCGAAGGGUUUGUUUGCCGAGCGAGAGAACGAGAGAGAGUCCCUCGUCGCGGCCGGCGCUCUGCCAAAAUGGGGAUUUCCCGGGACUCCAUGCACAAGAGGCGCGCCACUGGAGGAAAGAAGAAGGCUUGGAGGAAGAAGCGAAAGUAUGAGUUGGGCCGGCAGCCGGCAAACACGAAGCUGUCGAGCAACAAGACGGUGAGGAGGGUUCGGGUGAGGGGAGGCAACGUGAAGUGGAGGGCCCUCCGAUUGGACACUGGAAACUAUUCGUGGGGGAGUGAGGCUGUGACUCGCAAGACCCGUAUCCUUGACGUGGUGUAUAAUGCCUCGAACAAUGAGCUCGUGAGGACGCAGACCCUUGUGAAGAGCGCCAUCGUGCAGGUUGAUGCCGCUCCCUUCAAGCAGUGGUACCUCCAGCAUUAUGGUGUUGAGAUCGGAAGGAAGAAGAAGGCGGCUGCUGCCAAGAAGGAAACCACUGAGUCAUUGGGAUUUGAUUGAUGAAGUUUGACCACAUUUGCUUUAGUAGUUGAUUAAUUGAUUUUUCUCCCGCAAAGUUUAUUGUAGACAGGUACAUGCUCCUGGUUUUUACUACUUGGAACUUGUAUGCGUAUUUUAUUCAGUUUUGCAUCUUGAUAUUGGGUCAUAUCAAAUUAAUCCAGAUGCGAUUCAAAUUAAUAAUUACGACUGUAGAUAAGCUUUUUCUGGGGAUGGAUGAAUAUGGAAUUUUUUCUAGAGGCUGGAGACAGGUCAUUUGGCAUCUAGAUUUAUCUGAGCUAGAGGGUUCUUAAAAUGAUAUGCCAUCUAGCAAGUUCUCUCUUUUUCUGGUCAUUUUCUAAUGGGCUCAUUGAACUCGAAGGCACCGAUGUAGGACUAAAGUCUCAAACGUGUCCUUUGUUAUGCACUUAUGAUGAUAGAAUAGAUGACGAAAUAGUGCAUGUGCUGCCUGAAGAAGAAGGCAUGGUCAUCAACAAACAUGAUACACCUAUGCACUAUCUAUAGCACUUAUGAACCAUUUGCACUGUUUGAGGAUUCUCUGAACUCUCAAACAAAGUUAAUCUAAACCGAUACUUUGAUGCAUGCAAAGGUAGAUGCGUGCGAGUAUCUUUCUCAUGGCAUCAAAAUCACUCUCGAUGAGAUAAUACUUAGGAACAGAUAUUAAAACUUUGCAUCCUAUUAAAUUAAAUCCUCCUAACUAUGUAGCUCCUUAUACAUGCAUAUUCUUUGCACUGAAAUGCCUUCAUGUAGUUCUAUUUGGAAUAUAUUUAUGUUCAAUUUGUUGGUCACUUAUACAUAGGUUCUACUCCCUGUUUGAUUCUUGGAUAACCUCCGGUUAAGUGGUGGUUAUUCAGUGAAUGCCCACUUGCCCAACUUGGUUAAAGAUAUUUCCUAGUUGGGGGAGCGGGGAGAUGGGGGAGGAGCAUAACUUUAGCAGCCUAGUUAAGCCCCAUCCUAUCAUUUUUUUUCUCCCUGAUUUACCCUUCUCCCCUCACCUUUUGCCCUUAUUUAUUGCUACAUUUUCUUGUUCAUAUCAUAUAAAAAAUGUGGCACUUAACCCAUACUUUUUCAACCAAACAGCUUUUUUACCACAUCAACAAAAAGGGCCGGUUAAGUGAGGAGCAACCAAAUGGCAAUUUUUCCAUUUUCAUGGUUGACUGAUUAAGUGGUGACUACCAGUGGUUAAUGUUAUUCACCCCCUGGUUAGCUAUCGAGGAACCAAACACAGCCUCUAAGUAGAAGUACAUAAAUUUACUAGCUUGUCAAGAUGACUCUACCAUCAUGUUAGUUAUUUGCUGGCAUAUGACAUAAGCUAUCUCAUCUCAUUAAGAUUACAUGCAUUUUUCUCAAUCUCUUUGUUGUAGUUGGAAUUGUUGAUCCUUGUAUUCUUGUAUCUGCCCCAAAAAC